AAGUCUGCGAAAACUAACCUAGCAACACUUUUACAAACGCCUGUCCAUAUAGAUCGAGAUAUAUUUAAUCUGUACAGACAGUGUGUAUCAGAUAGCGUUACAGUUCAAACUGACAUUACCAGAUACGGAUUACUUAUCUGUCAGUAUGAGAACCACAGACACAAUGUCCACAGACAUGAGAGAGGUGCUCCUGGAGGUGUACGUCAAUAACGCCUUCUACUUCGGUGACAGCUACUGGGCAUCAGAUGAUAAAGAUGUGCAGCUGGAGUUUGAGAUCACCGAUGACAUCUACGACCUUAUCAGCAGUGCAUCUCGAGAGUUAGAUGUGCAGCUGGAGGUUGUGACAGUGGAUCAUGUCUCAGGCAGAUACUGCAGUCCAGGAGAGAUGCGUGUGCAGCUGGAGGUUAAUGCUAGUGACAACAUCUCAGUCUGUGAAGUGAAAGAUUUGCAGCUGGAGAUGAACAGGAACGACAGCAUCUCAGAGCUGAAGAGUCCUACGCUGGUCUCUGAAGAUCUGAGCGACCCAGCAGGACCUUCAGUGGAAGAGGCCAAUGAUCAGGGUGUCCUGGAUGCUGAGAACAGUCCAACAGGACUCACUGUUGGGGAGAUAACGAAGAAAAUGGGGGCAAUCUUCCAGCAAAUUUGGGCAGUUUUCCAGACAAAAAUGCCAGAAACUGUUGGGCAACCUGAAGUGGAUCUUCUCGAUCCAAAGGAAUCAUUUGUUCAAGAUCUAAGUGCUCCCAAGCCAGAACCUGAAUUGGAUCUGUUAGAUACAGAGCAAUCGUGUAUCCCUGAACCUGAAGUGGAUCUUGUUGUUCCUUCUGAACCUAAACUGCAUCUGGUUGAUUCAGAAGAAUCAUGUGCCAGCCCAAAAGAAACUACCAAAGCCAUGAAGAAUAAGAAGGUUCGUGGCUUCGUUGUAACCAAGAGAGUAGAAUAUGCUACAGUGAGCAAUAUGAAAAAAACCUUCCUCCAGAACGACAGAUCGAACUCAGCAUGGCCUGAGAUGGAUCUGAAUGUUCGUGAACCAAAACCUAUUGAGGAUUUGGUUGCUCCUCCUAAAUGGGAUCUGGUUGAUGCAGUGGAACUGUACACUUCAAGUCCUAGCGUUCCUGAGCCGGACUCUGAGGAGGAUCUGGAUGAUCCUCUUGAACGUGAAUGGGAUAAGGACUCGAUGGAAUUAUAUGCCCCGGGUUCAAGUGUCCCUGAGCCAGACCCUGAAGAGGAUCUGGUUGAUUCAGUGGAAAUGUACCUCCCAGGUCCAAGCGUUCUCAAGCCACGACCUGAAUGGGAUCUGGCUACUCCAGUGGAUUUAAGUGCACCAAGUCCAAGCGUUCUUGAGCCAGAGUCUACAGUGUUAUCUGAACUUGCAAGUUUGGAAAACUACGUCCCUUUAACCAUGCUCCAACUAGAGGAUCGUUUGAAGCAGUGUACACUGCUCAAACAAAGACAUGUCACCAAUGUCUGGCCCAGGGUCUUCAUCGGAGACGAAGAGACCGCAACAGACCGAGAUAUGCUGCAGGAGAUGUGCAUCACUCACAUUCUGAACGCUGCAGCGCCCAAAAAGGACUUGAACUACUUCUUGGGAACAUCUUAUGUUGAAGAUCUAGAAGGAACAGUCAAUACAGGGUCCAGAUAUUACAGAGGCUUGCACAUCAAUUAUUACAGCUUGCCUACAAUGGACAGACACUGUUCUGACAUCAGCAAGUGCUUCAUGCCAGCUGCAAAAUUCAUUGACAAGGCCGUGAAUAAGCCAGGGAGUAAGGUGUUGAUUUGCUGCAAGCAGGGUGUUGACCACUCUGCGACUCUGUUUCUGGCAUAUCUGAUGAUCUGCCAUGACAUGAUGGUGGAGGAUGCCAUUGAUCACGUCAUAAAGUCGAGACGCAUCCAGCCCUCCAGAGACUUCCUGAAGAAGCUGAUGCUCCUCAAUGCUGACCUUGUGAACAAGCGAAAACUAAAGCUAGAGGACAUAAAAAAAGGCAAAAAGAGGAGAAAAUGGCAGCUAAAAAAAAAGUGUAGAAAUAUACUAAAAGAUAUAAAAGAAAAUGUGCACAUAUAGAUAUGUGAAUAAAAUUAAUGGAUAAUGUCCUGAUAAUGAA